CCGGAAGUGGAGCUGUGUAGCCCGGUGUUCCCGGAGGAGUGGCUGUGUCGCCGCAGCUGGAAGGAUCCGGGCUCUGGCGUUGCGGCGCCCGCCUUCGCCACGCUCAGGUGGAAGCCACUCAUUCUUCGUCUACCCUCUUUUCAGUAUCUGGCACCAAUUCUGGCCCAGUCAUUUGUGAUCCAUGGCUCUUGUGAUAUGCCGAAGAUUUCCAGGCAGUUUCUGUGGAACACCUUCCCGUCCAGCUCUAAUCAAGAAAUUGCCUGGUCAAACCUGUAAGGACUGUGUUCUGAUUGCCAAAAAGAUCAGUGCUCAAACCAGAAUGGCAGCCACACUCAAGUUAAAACCUUUAGGACAUCAAGCAUUUUACAGUCCUUUUGUCUGCAAUACAACCCAAAGUAUGGCAUGUCGGCAUGUGGGAAGCAGCACAAGGCACUGGGGACAGGACCCCGCAGGUGGUAGCCCUUGCCAUCCUGCCAAAAAAGUUAAGAACAUUUGUAGCACUUCUUCCUCUCAGGGGAUCCUCGCAACCAGCAAUGCCCUUCGGGGUCUGGAAUUCAGCAAAGGUUCUGCUUCUAAAGCCAGCACAUUACAGCCAGGCUCAUCCAGGACCAGGAGAGCUGAUGAAGAGGAUGUAGAAGCUUUUGAUUCUCUUGAAUGCCCCCGAGUUUUCCUGCAGCUAAGACCAGAAUACCAGCUUCAUAGCUAUAACAGAUGUGAAACUCGUCAGCCCUUGUCUGUUGCAGAAGGUGAAUUAAUUUUGCACAAAGUCACAGUUUAUCAAAAUGAUCUCCAGCCUCAAAUCAUUGUAGAAUAUUUCUGUAAAUUGAGCUCUUUGCCUGUAGAACAGCAUCCUGUUUUGCUAUCUAGUUCCAGCUUUGCUUUGCUCUGCCAGUUGAGUAUAAAAAACAUAAAGCUCUUUGAUACCCCAGAUCUGAUCAAUAUUCUGAGAGCUUUUGUCAAUUUAGGAAUCUCUCACUCCCAUUCAAUGCUAGGUGUGUAUGAAACCAGAUUUUGCCAUCAGGUCUGGGAGAUGAGCCUAGAUCAACUUCUCUUGGUGGCUGAUCUGUGGCGAUACUUAGGCCGCAAAGUGCCUCGAUUUUUAAAAAUCUUUUUUAGUUACCUUAAUUUGCACUGGAAAGAACUAUCCUUAUCCCAGCUGAUUCACUUAAUUUAUAUUAUAGGUGAAAGUCGUCAGGUACCCCCGGACCUAAUGCAAAAACUGGAAUCGUUGAUCCUUAAGUACAUAGAUUUGAUCAAUUUAGAGGAGAUUGGUGCUAUCUGUUUGGGGUUCUUUAAAUCAAGUAGUAGUCUCUCUGAAUUUGUCAUGAGGAAAUUUGGAGACUUAGUUUGUACUGACAUGCAUCAUCUGAGUAGUCACGCCUUAGUGAAUAUUCUUAAAAUGUUCCGUUUCACCCAUGUGGAUCAUGUAAAUUUCAUGAAGCAGUUUGGAGAGGUCGCUCCUCAGCGAAUUCCUUCCCUGGGAGUUCAAGGAGUCAUGCACCUGACUCUUGCCUGCUCAGCUUUACGCAUCUUGGAUGAAGGUGUAAUGAAUGCCGUAGCUGCUUCGUUGCCUCCUAGGGUAGCACACUGUCGAAGUAAAGAUGUUGCCAAGAUUUUGUGGUCAUUUGGAACUCUGAACUAUAAGCCACCCAACACAGAGGAAUUUUAUUCCAGCCUGAUAAAUGAGAUUCACAGAAAAAUGCCAGAAUUUAAGCAGUACCCUGAACACCUGCUCACCUGCCUGCUGGGCCUGGCAUUUUCUGAGUAUUUUCCAGUAGAGUUCAUCGAUUUUGCUUUAAGUCCAGGGUUUGUCAGGUUAGCUCAGGAGAGCAGCAAGUUUGAACUUACUAAAGAACUGUGUACUCUUGAUGGUACAGUUGGCAUUGAAUGCCCACAUUACAAAGGUCAUCGUCUUAGUUCUCACCUUCAGCAAGAGGCAUGUGAAAUGCUGUGGAAUUUAGCAAGAAAGGAUAUGAAUUCAAAGCCUGAAUUUCUGGAAACUCUCUCUUUACUUGAAACCAUGUUGGGUGGACCCCAAUAUGUCAAACAUCAUAUGAUUUUACCUCAUACCAGAUCUUCUGACUUAGAGGUCCAGCUUGAUGUUAACAUGAAGCCAUUACCAUUCAACAGAGAAGCCAUACCAACUGAAGAUGGAGCCAAAUUAAGGCUUAAACAUGUGGGAGUCAGCCUUACAGAUGAUUUGUUAAAUCAGUUACUAAAUGGGAAAGCAAGAGGGCAUUUUCAGAGGCAGGUUGAGUCAGAGACUGGGCAGCAGCACAUAGAGUUAGAGAAAAAGGCAGCCAUACCCUUGGGAGACACUCUUUGCAAUGGGACAGAUAAAUCGGGGACCAUGGAGAGGGCUGGCCUGUACCCCCAAGCCUGCAUGCAGGCCCCACAAGUGAAGCUGGCUAUUCAGUUGACAAACAAGAAUCAGUUUUGCUAUGGUACUAGGAAUCUGCUUGGACUGCACAACAUGAAGAGGCGACAGCUGGUUCAGCUUGGGUACCGUGUGGUAGAGUUAUCCCACUGGGAAUGGCUCCCACUACUGAAACGAACUCGCUUAGAAAAGCUGGCCUUCCUCCAUGAAAAAGUAUUCACCUCUGCUAUCUGAAAGGCCUUCGGGGACAGUUGUAUUCAUAAAAGCUGUUAAGUGUAUGCGGGUACUUCAAAAAGUUGGUGGAAAAAUCGAUUUAAAGUAUAUUUUGGUGCAAAACAUUUUUGAAAUCCAUGGGUAGUUUUUCAUAAUAUGCAUUUUCCAUGAACUUCUUGAAGAUAACCUUGUACACUGUACUGGGUAUUGUAAAAUAAAUAUAAAAGCCAGAAUAUAAGGUUGGAAAUAAAAUAAUCUUUGGGGGAGAGUUAGUUUAGCUCUUGUGGCAGCUUGGAGUGAAUGUGUUACUGUGAAUUGUAACCUGGUCUGAUUGUACAGGUUGCUAGUAAUUUGUGCAUAUUACUCAUAGUAAAUAAUAAACACCUUGAAAUGUGUUAUGGUCAA